CUCCCUGAGGCAUCAUUCGCUUCAACCUCCUCCUACAACAACAACAACCACCACCACCACCACAACCCCAAAGCAACCAGCAUCAUGGUGUCCAAGACGAUUCUGUUUGCCUUCGCUGCCUGCGCCUUCCUCGCCGCCCUGGCCCAUGCGGCCCCUGCUGAAGAUGACUCCACCGUGUACCUGAGGGUGCCCCGCGCGGCCAACAGGCGCCAGCAAGUGGUGAUGCGCGGCAUGGUCGGCUACAGACGCAGGAACGGCUACCCGCAGACCUUCGCCCACGGCUACGCCGGCGCCCGCACCCAGGACGCGCCCACCUACGCCGCCCCUGAGGACGAGGAGCCCCAGGACGAGCAGCCCGAGGCCGUCGAGGCCGAGGAGGAGCCCGUGAACGACGCCGAGGACGAGCCCCUCCCCGCCCCUGUCGCGCCCAAGAAUUGCAGGAAGCCCACCCGCGCCCAGAAGGCCAAGCGUCCCGCCAAGAGGCCCACCACCACCGCCGCCCCCGUUGAGGAGGAGGAAGAUGAGGAGGUGUCCGAGGAGGAGCCCCUGCCCAAGCCCGGAAAGAAGAACAACGGAGGCGCCACCGCCAUCGCCACCGCCGUCAGCCGCGGCGCCGGAGCCUCUGCCCUGAGCAACGCCGUCGCCUACGGAGGCUCCUUCUCCGGUGGCACCUUCAGACACCGUUACCCCAAGAGCGCCCAGUAAGGCUGCUUCCUGCCCGCCCGCUGCCCCCACACGAUGCCGACCCGGAAAUGCACAUUGGCCGCGAAAUUGCAAGCCCCAACUCAUUGAUUUGCGCCCCGCAAUCAAUCAGCACUGCCAGUACAUGCGACGCAAACGAAACAUUCAAGCAAUUUUUAUUUAUUAGACGAGCACAUUGCCAAUGAAUAUAUAAUUUUGUAGAUUUUGUAGUUGAGCAUAUUUAAAACCCAAAAAUAUUUGUUCAAGUAGUUUGUACACCUAUGUAUGUAGAAGCAACACAUAUUUAUGAAUAAAAAAAUGAAAAUGAAACCAA